AGUGGUAGAUGAUUAUGUUAAUAAGGGUUCCGUUAUCCGCCCCCGGUGCAGUGUCAUUGGCUGAUACGGAGGCACGACUUCAGAAAUCUCCAAUUAGAGUGGUCAAUGUGCCUGUCAAUCGAAUCUCGCCCGCCAUCUGAGUGGAAAGCAAGUGCUUGCGAUCUUGUCCUGCCGACAGCAGCCAGUGCGCGGUUGUGUUCACUCGUGGGGUUUUUUCCCUCUAAAAUUUUAGCCGUCGAUUUGGGCUUUGAGCCACUUUUCUCUUCAGAAUCCAGCUCGCUCGGGAAUGAAAGAACGUGCCCUCGCCUCGCCAUUAUUCAGCGGCCUCUUCUGCGAGUGCGAGGCGGCGUGCUCGGCCGACAGCCACUGCCAGGCGGCCCGGCUCGAACAGGAGCGGCGGUUCCAGGACCUCUUCCAGCAACUGGAUGUCAACCAGGACGGGGGGCUGUGUGUCAACGACCUGGCGGCGGGGCUGCGGCGGCUUGGCGUCCACCGGACUGAAUCGGAGCUGAGGAAAAUUGUUAAAGCUGGUGACAAAGACCUAGAUGGCCAACUUGAUUUUGAAGAAUUUGUUCAUUAUUUAAAAGAUCAUGAGAAGAAACUCCGGCUGGUUUUCAAAAGCCUAGAUAAGAAAAACGAUGGUAAAAUUGAUGCACAAGAAAUCAUGCAGUCAUUACGUGACCUUGGAGUACAUAUUUCAGAACAGCAGGCAGAGAAGAUCCUGAAACGAAUUUGGAGAGGGCACCUUUGGGGCCCUAUUGCUUACAUGGAUAAAAAUGGAACAAUGACAAUUGACUGGAAUGAAUGGCGAGAUUAUCAUCUUCUGCAUCCAGCGGAUAACAUUCCUGAAAUAAUUCUGUACUGGAAGCACUCCACAAUAUUUGAUGUAGGCGAGAGUUUAACAAUUCCAGAUGAGUUCACGGAGGAGGAGAAGCAAACUGGCAUGUGGUGGCGACAGCUAGUGGCAGGAGGAGGUGCAGGUGCUGUGUCUAGAACGUGUACUGCCCCACUUGAUCGGCUCAAGGUACUAAUGCAGGUUCAUGCCUCCAAAUCUAACAACAUGUGUAUUGCGGGAGGAUUUAGCCAGAUGAUUAAAGAAGGAGGAUUCCGGUCUCUGUGGCGAGGAAACGGAAUCAAUGCAAUCAAAAUUGCUCCUGAGUCUGCUCUCAAGUUCAUGGCUUAUGAGCAGAUAAAGAGAAUCAUUGGCAGUAACCAACAAACUCUGGGAAUACAGGAGCGAUUGAUUGCAGGUUCACUAGCUGGAGUAAUUGCUCAGAGCACCAUCUAUCCAAUGGAGGUAUUAAAAACUCGGCUGGCACUGCGGAAAACUGGACAGUAUUCAGGAAUACUUAACUGUGCAAAGCACAUUUUUAAGAAGGAGGGAAUUACUGCAUUUUACAAAGGCUAUGUUCCCAAUAUGCUGGGCAUCAUUCCUUAUGCUGGAAUAGACUUGGCUAUAUAUGAGACUUUGAAGAAUUCAUGGCUGCAGCGCUGUGCCACUGAUAGUGUGGAUCCUGGGGUCUUUGUUCUCUUGGCUUGUGGCACCGUUUCAAGCACAUGUGGGCAGUUAGCCAGUUACCCCUUAGCACUUGUCAGGACACGAAUGCAGGCACAAGCUACCACUGAAGGAGCAACUCAGCACACAAUGCUUGGACUAUUCAGACACAUUCUAAGCACAGAAGGAGCAAUUGGACUGUACAGAGGCUUAGCACCAAAUUUCAUGAAAGUUAUUCCUGCUGUGAGCAUUAGCUAUGUGGUGUAUGAAAACUUGAAAAUGACACUUGGAGUCACAUCGCGAUGAUGAGACUUGAGGGAAAACUUGUUUGAAGUUGCUUGAUCUUGGGUGAUCAUCCUGGGAUUUGACCAUCUCAUUCUGUGAAUGUCAUAAAACACUAGUGAAAUAACGACGCACUGGGGAAGAGGGUUAAAGGGACCAUUCCCCAAUAUUUAUCAGCAGAUUUAUUUUCUGAGUUGCAUUUUAUUUUUAUCAGCUCUAAAAUGCUGCCUGAAUCCCUGAUGGAGAUGCUUUGUACAGUACUAGUGCCACUUUGGCUCAUUGGUUGUACUGUGACAUGUUCAGAGGUCACUUGGACCAUCUUGAUCAUUGCAUCAAAUGUUGGUUGUUAUAGAGGGUGAAUGCUUACACACCUAUAUUAUAUUUAUCUGCUAUUCCAGUAGCAGUAUUAUCCUAUUUAGAAUAAGUGGCUUAGAUAACAAACACAGGAACAUCGUAGGAAUGCUUUUAAAGUAUUCAUUCAUUAAUAUCACUUUUCAUCAUUAAUAACCUGCGAUGAAGGGCUUGAGAAACCAAAUCAGAAGUCUUAAUGAAUGUUUGAAUCAGUAGAGAGAGAAUUCCCACAAAUACCAGAUGUAGUAUGGCCUAAGGGUUUUUUCCUGAUCUGGUGUAAUGCUUACAACUGGAAGCUCAAGGAAGGAUUUUGGUUUGCAUGUGAGUUUUUUAAAACAAAAACAAUCAUUCUUUUGUCAAACUUGUGGAAUUCAUCAGUUUCAUUACCAGUUUAAUUAAUUUUGUUAUUGUCUGGCUUUUAUCAUGUAGUGCUGGUUUAAACUGGAUAUUUAUAUUAUUUAUUGUUUACAAGUUUUCACAAGGCUCAUAAUCAGUGAUAGUGGAGGCUUAAUUUUUCACUGAAGCAACUAAAUAUUAGGCCUAUACACAAAUCUGUCAUAGUACCAUGCUGAAGUUUAAACCCAGAGAAAGCUGAUUUGAAAUUACCUUGUGUUGCAGGUAAUUAGCUGUGUCUUAAGGAAAUCUUAAGUGGUCAUCUUACAUUUAGAAAAGGGUAAAUUAUUUAUUUUUGUACACCUUGGGGCUAAGCAGAUAUUUAUUAAUAAAUGUGAUCUAAAUAAGGACAGAUUGUGUGUUGCUGAUAUUUGCACAACCUGUAAAUUAGCUAUUCAUUUUGUGUGGUUUUAAGAUUCUUCCAGGCCCCCUCUAUUGUGUGUUGUUAAUGCUUAACCUAGGUUUCAAUAUUUAGAUUUUAUUUGUAUUUUCCUCUUUAGAUGAUUAGGUUAAGGAAUGGAAGGGGGAAAAAAACAUGUGCUGCACAGUCCAGCUUUCUCCUACAAUGUGCAACUCUUCCCAGUGUAACAGAUUUCUGCAGGAGAUGUUUAAGGGUAUAUUAAAUUGUUGAAAGAUUGUGAAUUACAAAGCACUGAAUUUUAGUCUUGAGCUUUUCACAAAGAUGAGCCACUCCAUUUUAAGUCAUUGCAACGAUUUAAAAUGAAGACCUUUUAAUUUUCUGAAUAUUUAUGAAGAAGCUCUGAGCCGUCAAACGUAACUAUCUUGUGUGACGUAUGUAAAGGGAAUAAUGGUGUCUCUAUUGGUGUAUAAUAGAAAGGCCUUGUUGUAUGGUUCUGUGGACAUUUGCUUGCCAGUGAUGUACAAACCUCCACAUUUUUUUUUGAAUCUUCAAAAGAGGGCAUGAAAUGCUUGUGAUGUAUGUAUAUAGGAUCAUUGAAUUACAGUCUGAUUUGAUUUAAAAAAAACAUUUCGGAGAGGGAGCAUUAUGGAUAUUGGGAAAGUAAUGAAUGAUGAUGCAAACCUCCUCGAGUACUGGCACAGAGCCUGUGCCUCUGGUUUACAAGUAUCACGGUCAUGUGGGACCUGCAGGAUUUUGGGACCAGAUGAUAUCUGUCUAAAAUGUGGGUUUUAGCAGGAUAACCUUGGGCUCCAUUGAGAGAGUCUGAUCCUUAUGUAUUUGAACAUGUUACAGCAGUAGGUCUUAAAAGUGUGGUUCAGCUGAAGCAAAGAUCUCAAUUGCUCACACUGUUUCAAAACAAAAUGUUGUUUAAGCAGCAAUAUUCUAUAUUACAGCUAGUUGAAAGGCUAUUGCUGAUUUGUUUUUGUUUUAAGAAGGGCAGUUUCCUUUUUUCCGAGCUCAACUAUAAUUUGCUCCUCUACUGGUUGCACAACCUUUUGCAGGUUGUUGUUAUUUUAGAAUUGCAAACUGCCUUAUUCGUGUUUCCAAUAUUGGCUGUUAUGUGCCGAAAGCUAAGUUUUGAGGGAUUUCCCUGCUCCCUAUUUAUCUAUUUAUUUUGAAGAUAUGUGAAAACCAUGUGUAGCUUUAAUUGAAACUGUGUAAUCACUAAAUUUAGUCAAUGGAUUUGGAGCAUGGCUUGGGCUCUGCCUUGUUCAAAUUGUUUCUGUUCUAGAUAUUUGCACAAAAAUUUACAGGGGCAUUAAACCGCUACUCUGCAGUGUUCUUUGGGAUGACCAGGAUGUUCGUUCCAUUGAUUUUUGUGAAAACCUUGCUUAUUUCCAGUGAUGUCUUGUACUCGGGUUGUGGGUUAAGGAUUCUAUGCGGAAGCUGUGAGGCAAUCUUACUAAUUUGAUGCAAGGCUGUAAUCUGCACUGUUAACAUUUUUGGGGGAAGGGGAGCAUUAAGUAAGGGAAUGAAGUGGUUUAUUGUUGCACAUGGAUAAGUUCCUUCUCAAAUAUGUUAUCAGAGUUAAUACAAUGUUAUUUUUCUGGGACCAUUGGGUGUUUUCCACUGAAGGCUUAUUUUCAUGUUGUAAAUCAGUUGAUCAUGUGAAUAUGGUUUUAUAAAUACUAAACAUUAAUAAAAACGAGGCAUAUUGAUUAAUGGAGGUAGAUUCUGAGUACUAGACCUGUACUCCAAGACCCGUAAACUGUGACCGUUGGUCUGUUUUCAAAGCCUUAAUGGCAUUAAAGUGCCUCCACAGAUCCCAUUGUACUUGUGCCGACCCUGUUUUGGAACUUUGCUGCGAAUCCCCUUCUUUUGGGAGAGUGUCUCCAGAGAACAAAUACAAAUGUACUGUAAUGCUGCUGUUCAGCUUGAUCCUUUUACUUCACAUCUGAAUGAAGAACAUUUUGGAACUUCACAGUGGGAACCCAAGAUGCUGAUUUGCCAAAGGCAGCCUGUUACUAGUUUCUUAAAUUAUGAAUGCAAGUUGAGCAGAACCAAUGAAAGCAAGGUUCUCUAUUUGUUGUUCCUGUUAUGUUGCAGAGCAAAACUGAGUUUCAACCCUAUGUAUUUAUGUUCAAAUAAAAAUAUCUACUAAUAAAGUUUAUUUCU